AAAAUAGUGCAGGAGCCACACCCCCAACAUCUUGUUGGGGACAAAGAACUACUCCAAUAUUAAAAGGUGUUGUGUUCUUGUUCUUCCUUCCUUAACAACACAGGUCAAGUGUUCUGCAAUUCUUACUUAGUACCCUUCAGAUCUUUUCUCAUUAUUACUUCUUUUGCCAUCUUCAUAUGCUGUCACUGACACUGUUACACUGUUUCAGACACUCACCAUUCUUACUUAGUUCCAAACACACACACACUCCAAACCCACUAUAAGAAAGAACAAAACAACCCCAUUUCCCAUUUCACGUGCUAUUUGUGAAAUCACCUACCCUUUUGAACAUUAACUUUAUUAUUGUUAUUGAGGCAUGGAAAUGGAAGAUUUUUUAUGGGGUGGUGGCAUUGAUGAAGAUGUCACCAAGAGGAAAAGUGAUGGUUUUGAAGGAAGCAAUGGUGUGAUUGGAAGUGGGUGGUGUGGUUCAUCUUUCUCUCUGGUAUUGGAUAGGGAGAGAGGGGAGCUUGUGGAGGAACCUGUGAGAUUGGAAAAGAAAGGGGUGUCCACUGAGAGAAGCAUUGAAGCUUUGAAGAGCCAUAGUGAGGCAGAGAGGAAAAGGAGGGCAAGGAUUAAUGCACAUCUUGAUACACUUCGCAGUGUGAUUCCGGGUGCUAUGAAGAUGGACAAAGCAUCAUUACUUGGUGAGGUUAUUAGACAUUUGAAAGAGCUGAAGAAGAAUGCAGCACAAGCUUGUGAGGGUUUGAUGAUACCAAAGGACAAUGAUGAAAUAAGUGUUGAAGAACAGGAGGGUGGGUUGAAUGGUUUUCCUUAUUCAAUUAGAGCAUCACUAUGUUGUGAAUAUAAACCCGGAUUGUUGUCUGAUAUAAAACAAGCACUAGAUGCUCUCCAUCUUAUGAUAACAAGGGCAGAUAUUGCAACCUUGGAAGGCAGGAUGAAGAAUGUCUUUGUGAUAAUUAGUUGCAAAGAACAGAACUUUGAAGAUGCCGCAUACCGUCAGUUUCUUGCCGUUUCUGUUCACCAAGCUCUCAAGUCUGUGCUCAAUAGAUUUUCUGUUUCGGAGGACAUUUUAGGAACCAGGAAAAGAAGAAGGAUUUCUAUAUUCAGUUCUUCAUCUUUAGAAGAUUUUUUGUAAGAUACCUUGUUAUGUAAUUUAAAUCUGCAUAUCCAUAGUUCCAUACCAAGUUUGAAUGUGAUGAGGAGGUGAGUCAUAGUAGUGAUUUCAUGUACCAUGUAAACUCAUGUAUACAUACUGAAAUGUUGUUCCAUGAUUUGUAACUUGGAUAUGUACUUCUUAGAAGACAAAUCAUGUGAAGAAUUCUGGGGUGUACAAAUAUUUAGGUGCUUUGACAGAUUGGUUGAUGGAUAACCGAUCAUAGCACUUUUAAUCCUUUGAUUUAAAUAGAGUCUUCUGUGAUAUUGUACCCUGUUUACUGAAGGAUAUCGAUAUCUAUUGUUAAAGCAAA